UUUUUUUUAUCUCUCUACUUUUUUUCCUCUUUAUCUUUCAAGUACUAUUCGGUUUCUCUGUCAAUCAAUGCACUCGUCUCUUGUUGUUGACUUAGACAUGAAUCCUCCUCCGUCCUGGUCAAAGCCAGCCUCGGCUCUGGGGCUAUCGAGUAAUCUGAACCACCUACCGCAAUCACAGCAAGUCCGUCAGCUCCAGGAGCAAAUUCAACAACAUCGGAGAUUACAGCGUCAGCAGUCUCAGGGAUACGGCUAUGGCUUAAGAAAAAAGAGCAGUCAGGCUAACGGUGACAGUAACAUGGACAACAAUGGCAGCUUCGCACGAGGCAACACUGCCAGCACUAACCAAGAUCGUCCCAGUAUGUUUCAGCAACCAUCAUUCGGAGGAGGCCAUCAACAUAUCAACAUCAAAAACACUGAUGACAUGAUCAGUGACGAGGACAUUGAUGAAGACGAGAUGGACGAAGAGGAUGAUAAAAAGUCCGAAGAUCGCAACCAAGCCCAAGACAGUGGCGGAAUGAUGGGUCUGCAUCAUCAUAGGAGCCUCUCCAAUUCUCAGGUCACUCAGGGUUUUGUUAUCCCUUCAGGCUUCACCGGCUUUGCUCCUUCCUCCCCUUUAUCGCCUUCAUCGCCUGGAUCAAUUACUUCAGACACCAGUCCUAUGACUUCUUCCAUGCUUUCGCCUGGUCUAUUGGCUUCGAGCACUGCUGGAUACUCUCACCAUCAGCACUCACAUGGUCGUACAGGCGGUAAUGGUGGUAACAACAACAACAACAACAACAACAAUACCAGCAUCCAUGGAAUUGAAACCUCGCUUGCGUCUCUUGCCUCACUUUCCGUGAUGCCUUCUUCCUCCCCGUCACCUUCCGGAUCAUCUUCUUCAGCUGCCAUGCCCAUGGCCAUGCCCGGGGCUACCCGUGGCCGCCCUGCGUUUUCCUCUCAUUAUUCCGGACCUUCAGCUACCACUCCAACGACACCCUCCUUCCAACCUCAAAGCCUUCCGAUGAUGUAUCAACACCAUUCCUCCGGAUUUAUCCCCACCUCUACCGCCCAAACCCCUUCAUUCAACGCGAUCUCCUCCGCGAUCACUCAGCACUUCCAGAGACAGCAGCAGCAGCAACAGCAACAGUUGACUUCUGCUGCCAUGUCUUCCUCGUUGCCUGCAAAUAGCAGUUACAACCAAUUUCAGCCCCAAUCCUCACCUUCGCAGCAGUCGCAGCCACAGGAGGCUCAACCCCAAAACUCUCCCAGGACGCGGAGCAAAAGUUUGACCAUCCCUGCUCCUCGGAUCAUCCCUCCAGCACGUGCUCUCCCGCCUCGAGCGCCUCAAACUUCGGCUCCACGCAAGUAUCAUGGUCGUCAGACACGUAAGGUUCCCUCGGUUGUGCCUACACCAAAGGAGCCUGUGGACCCGACACGCCGUGUGGCUCACAUCAUCUCGGAACAGAAGAGACGAGAGAAGAUCAACGGCGGAUUUGAUGAACUCAAGAGUGUUAUUCCCGAAUGCGCCCAAAACACCGAUUCCAAGGCGACGAUCCUUCGAAAAGCCGUUGAUUACAUCGUGGCAUUGGAAGAAGAACUUCGAAAGUAUGUUGACUUGUACCAGAUGGAAGCAGGCAGCAACCCGGAAUCCUCUUUAGAAGAUCAUGAACGUGAACGUUAGGUUCUUUUCUUCUCCUUCUUCUUUCUUUUCCCCACCUCUUGGUUGAAGUAUUUGAGAGUUUCUUUUUUCUUUUUCUUCCUUUUUUAGGAAUACCCAACGUUUAUCGAAGAUUGAAUAUUCACC